AUAAGCCAACCACCUUCAGUCACCCCCAAACCAAACCCACGAGCAAGUAACCUCCAAUCUCAGGCCUACAUUUCAUGUAAAACCACCACCUCUGCUACUGCUAGGGUUUACUGUCAAUCGCCAUGGCUUUUCAAGGCAAGAAGCUCAUCAACGAUCCCAACGAUGUGGUAACUGAGUUCAUCGAGGGACUUGUGGAAACUUAUCCUGGGCUGCAGUACUUAGAUGGUUUUCCAGAGGUGAAGGUUGUAUUACGUGCGGAUGUUUCAAGUGCAGCAUAUGAUAAAGUUGCAAUCAUAUCAGGAGGUGGAAGUGGGCAUGAGCCUGCACAUGCUGGAUAUGUAGGGGAGGGGAUGCUGACAGCAGCUAUUUGCGGGGAUGUUUUUGCCUCUCCACCAGUAGAUUCAAUUCUUGCCGGCAUCCGUGCUGUAACUGGUUCUAUGGGAUGUCUUCUGAUUGUCAAGGUAUUUUUAUUUGUUAUGUAAUAUCUUAAUUACUUUUAGAUUUCUACAUCAGGGUUUGUGGAGGCGUCCUUGUUCUAGGCAUCUAAUGGAAUUUCUUUCGGAAAAGUGAUGCUGAUUCUGGAUACCCCCCAGACCAGUUAAAAAGAAAAUAUAUAAAAAGGAGUGAGGGAGAUUUUUUGCAAGGCUCUUCAAACCAUGUUGGAAACUGCAGUAAGCUUGGUGAAUGGUUUAUGGCGUGAAUGUGGUUAACUUGAAUAGGAUGGUUUGAUUAAUAGGAGUCGUUUUAUUUCUGUGUCUUGAUUCA